GAUACUCGACGUUAUCGUGGGCACUGUUUCUAAUUAAGCUUUCACUCAGUACUUGACACUGCGUUGUGUGGCUUCUCCGGUCGAGGGGCUCCACCUCUCUUCCCGACCUCAUUAUCCAUUAUCCCGGCGAGUUUCGUUGUACCCAUUAAAAUCCCUAGAUCAAUUUAUCAAAUCCUUGUUCUGUCUGUCCCAAUUGAGGCACGAUUUUUCCUGAGUUUGGGUGCUUCUGCCAUGAUUCUUGGAGCAUCCUUCGUGCAUGCAUAACUGACUGUGCCAAGGAUAAAGAUCGAUUUAGACCAUGAAACUCUACUGAUGUUUAGAAGAAACAAUAUUGCCGCCAGGAUUUUCGAGCGCCAAAUCCGUACUCCUGCCCCUGGCACUAGCGUUCAUUGUUCGAGGCAGUUCUAUGAGAAUUUAGUACCAAGUUAUACCAUUUAUGAUGUUGAAUGCCCAGAUCAUUCAUUCCGCAAAUUCACAGAUGACGGCCAAUACCUUAUAAGUUUUAGCAAAAAUAAUCAUGAUCUGAUUGUUUAUAGGCCAACAUGGCUAUCAUAUUCAUGCAAAGAAGAAGACUGUAACAAUCAUGAUGUUCCGGCAAAGAGGUUUGACAGCUUCUUUACCGAACUAUAUUGUGUUACACUUGCUUCCUGCAAUGAGGUUAUAUGCAAAGACUUCUUUCUCUAUGUUGAGAGUAACCGAUUUGGACUCUUUGCCACUUCCACUGCACAAGUACAUGACGCACCUGCUACUGGAGGUGCUAUUCAAGGAGUCCCUUCUAUUGAAAAGAUCACUUUUCACCUCUUGAGAUUGGAGGAUGGAGCUUUACUGGAUGAGAAGGUCUUUAGCAAUGAUUAUGUCAACCUGCCACAUAAUAUGGGUGUCUUCUUGUAUGAUGAUUUGCUGGCAAUCGUAUCACUACGGUAUCAAACCAUACAUGUUCUCCAAAUAAGGGAUUCUGGUAACCUUGUUGAUGUAAGGGCCAUUGGAGCAUUUUGCCGUGAAGAUGAUGAACUUUUUUUGAACUCCAACAUUCAGGGCUUGGAGAACCCGGACAGAAGUAGGACUCAUCAAUUGAAUGGUGAUCUUGUUGAGAAUGGAUUACAGUUUAACUCUGAUAAUUCUUUUCUGGGUGGUAUCAAACAGAGGCUGCUCUCAUUCAUAUUCCAGGGAAUUUGGAAUGAAGAAAUGGAUCAAACCCAGCGAGUACAAUGCUUGAAGAAGAAAUUCUAUUUCCACUUCCAAGAUUAUGUUGACCUGAUAAUCUGGAAGGUACAAUUCCUGGACCGGUAUAACCUCCUUAUCAAAUUUGGCAGUGUAGAUGGUGGGGUAGGACGUAAUGCUGAGCAACAUACAUCAUUUUUUGCUGUAUACAAUAUGGAGACAACUGAAAUUGUCGCUUUUUAUCAGAAUUCUGCGGAUGAUCUAUAUCACUUGUUUGAGAAGUUCUGUGACCAUUUCUAUGUAACAUCGAGAAAUUCAUUGCAUAUGAGAUUCAUAUCAUCUCACUCAAAUAGCAUUCAUGCUCUUGAGCAACUCCGGUGUAUCAAGGAAAAGGCCAGCAGCUGUUCGCAGUUCAUGAAGAAGAUGCUCGCUUCAUUGCCUUUCAGUUGUCAGUCACUGAGUCCUUCUCCUUAUUUUGACCAAUCUCUUUUCCGAUUUGAUGAAAAGUUAAUCUCAGCUACUGAACGGCACCGACAGUCAACAGACCAUCCAAUCAAGUUCAUUUCUAGAAGGCAACCGCAUACCCUCAAAUUUAAGAUUAAGCCAGGUCCUGAAGCUGGUAGCAUAGAUGGUCGAGCGAAAAAAAUCUCGUCUUUUUUGUUCCAUCCAUUCUUGCCUCUUGCUCUCUCCAUUCAACAAACCUUUUUCUUACAAUCAUCGGUCAUCAAUAUUCACUUCCGGAGAUGAAGGUGUCACGCUAAAUUUCUCGGGAUUUAGUUCAUCACUACGUGGAGAGACUUCAAAAUUAAAUUAAUUGUAUAUUAGUUAGUUGUUAAUCUCUGUAAUAAUCUAUCUGUUAUUGUAAACUUGAAGCAUUUAGUACAGCAAUUUUGAGUUGAUACAUUAGAAUCUGUACUGUAUAUCUUGAUCUCCUGUGAGUGGUGCAGCCUCUAUGCAGAGUUUGCUUAUAUAUUAUGUAUCCACUAGUGUGCAGUGGCACCAAAAGAAUAAAAGAAUUUUAGAAAAUUAUUCCAUUCUGAAAGAA